AUGGCACGCAAGAAAGUUGGGCACAAGGGCGUGCGUCACCAGGAGCCUCCCCCGCCGGAAUCGUCGGGGGGUCCUCUGACGAUGCCGGCCCGGAAAAUCCUGGAGGAGUAUCAGGGCUUUACGGAGGCAAGUCUUUGCCAGUUGCUAUGCCGGGUUGAGCGUCUGAGCUCUACUCCCUUGAUCUUCUACGUGGAAGAGGCAUACGAUAACGAGCACAACGAGCCUCGGGAAGUCGAAGACAUCCCGAACGAACCCUCCGUCAAGAACCAGGAGCCACCCGUGAAGAACCAGGAGGAGGUCAUGAAGGCAUCUGAGAAGGAUGUUGAGGGCGUCAUUACCAGCAGCAUGUGA